GACGAGGAGAGGAGGGAGAACUGGUUUAUUAUAGUGAUAUUAUUAAUGAUAAAGUGAUGGGAAACAUGGAGUUCCUGCUGGAGCUGAUGGUGCUUCUGGUUCUGAUGACCACAGCUGCUUCUGGACUGAGAGCAGACGACUUCACUGGAGCCGUGGUGUAUUUAAAGAAGUACGGCUACCUGAACGCCCUGCUGCCCAGCCCUCCGCCUCGGGACAUGAAGGCCGCCCUGAGAGUGUUUCAGAAAGCCACUCAGCUGCAGGUCUCAGGCAGAGUGGACGCAGCGACGAUGAGGAUGAUGAGGAAACCUCGCUGUGGAGAGGAAGAUUCCUUCAGGUUCCACAGAUACAGAGUCCUGGGACACUGGCGUAAGAAGAUGCUGACGUACCGGAUCUUAAACUUCACCCCGGACCUCGGGCAGGGGAAGACUCGGCAGGCGAUCAGCGCUGCGUUCAGGUACUGGAGCGACGUCUCCCCGCUGAAGUUCAGAGAGACGCAGACAGGAAGAGCUGACAUCAAGAUCUCCUUCCACCGGAAAGACAAGAGCUGCCCCGUGCCCUUCGACGGGAGAGGUCAAGUCCUGGCCCACGCCGACGCCCCCGAGUCGGGCAAGGUUCACUUCGACAGCGACGAGGUUUGGACGGAGGGCAAGAGCUCGGGGUCCAACCUGAGGAUCGUGGCCGCCCAUGAGGUCGGCCACGCUCUGGGUCUGGGUCACUCGCAGCACUACAGCGCUGUGAUGGGCCCGGUCUACAGCGGGUACCGGGCCCACUUCAAACUGCACCCCGACGACAUCCAGGGCAUCCAGGCUCUGUACG